UGUAACUUUCGUGGUUAGUUCGGGUUUAGUGCUCAACAGCGCAACAAUCGGCAGUUCCGUUAUUUCUAAGCAACUCUAUCGCCGCAAUGGCUGUAACCGCUGUUCUACUCAGUAUUCUCGCAGUAAUUGUUGCUGCCGCUUUUUAUAUUACUCGUCGCAAUUUAACUUAUUGGCAGCGAAGGGGUAUUCCUUGUGAUACGCCACAUUGGAUUUUCGGUAAUGUUAAAGAUAUUCCGGCGAAAAAUAGCUUGGCAGAAGUGCUUACAAGAAUCUACAAACAUCAUUUGGGAUCGGGCCCAUUUUGUGGAUUUUAUUUAUUCCAAACUCCAUCGGUUUUGGCUUUGACACCGGAGUUGACAAAACACAUAUUAAUUAAGGACUUUAGUAAUUUCACUGAUCGCGGUAUGUAUAGCAAUGAAAAAGAUGAUCCCCUUACUGGGCAUUUGUUUAUGCUUGAUGGCCCAAAAUGGCGCGUUAUGCGCAAUAAACUCUCACCUACCUUCACUUCCGGCCAAAUGAAAUACAUGUUUCCCACUAUUCUGAACGUGGCUGAACAAUUCGUCGAAACUAUGAAUAGUGAGCUCGAGCGGAAUAAUGUAAUCGAGAUCAAAGAUAUUAUGGCGCGUUUCACCACCGAUGUGAUCGGCUCUUGUGCCUUCGGCAUUGAAUGCAAUAGUUUGAAAAAUCCAGAUACUAUCUUUCGCAAAAUGGGACGUCGCAUUUUCACCGAACGCCGUCAUUCGGACCUCGUAAAUGGACUGGUUCAAGUCAUGCCAAAUUUGGCACGCAUAUUUCAUAUAUGUGUAGUACCAGAUGAAAUUACCAAUUUCUUUUUGAAGAUAGUACGCGAAACGGUAGAUUAUAGGGAGAAGAGUAAUGUGCAGCGCAAAGAUUUUUUGAACAUCCUGAUGGAACUGAAUAAGGGGAAGUUAAAAUUCGAUGAAAAAACCGAUGGAAAGAGUCUGACGGUGGAGCAAAUGACGGCGCAGGCAUUUGUGUUCUUUCUGGCUGGCUUUGAGACAUCAUCUUCUACUCUAUCUUUUAUGCUUUAUGAGUUGGCGCAAAACCAAGCAAUACAACAGCGCCUGCGAGAGGAAAUUGUGAAGACAAUAGAGAAACACGGCAACGAGCUAACUUACGAAUGCAUCAACUCGAUGCCUUACCUGAAACAGGUGAUUGCAGAAACACUACGAAAAUACCCAAUUCUUCCACACUUGCAACGUAAGGCGCUAGAUGAUUAUGUUGUGCCUGACCAUCCCAAUUAUGUGAUCGAAAAGGGCACGACCGUAUUCAUACCAGUCUUCGCCAUGCAGCAUAAUCCAGAAAUAUAUCCCGAGCCCGAGAAGUUUGAUCCCGAUCGCUUUUCAUCAGAGGAAAUGCAAGUGCGGGACUCCAUCAAUUGGCUACCAUUCGGCGAUGGCCCGCGCAAUUGCAUUGGUAUGCGCUUUGGCCAAAUGCAGAUGCGUGCCGCUUUAGUCUAUUUGUUGCGCAAUUUUGAAUUUUCUACUUGUCAACUAACCGACAUUCCCUUGCAAAUGGAUCGGAACCACCUCUUAAUGCAAAGCAAAGAUGACAUACAUCUGAAAGUGCAGCGGAUUUGAGUUUCAGAGUUUGACUACCAGACCUACCUUUUGGUUUGGUAUUUGUAAAAGAUUUUACUUUUUAUAUCUAUAUAUUCGCGAGGUAAUCGGCGAUUCUGGAAUAAAUAUUCAUUUUUUAAUUAUUCGUUUAA